UCAAUAAAAAUGUGAGCUCGUCCUCAUGAUAUAUCUGCCUUUCUUUCUCUCUCUCUCUCCCUCUCUCUCUCACUCGCCUUUUUCUCACUCCCACGCUAUUUUGACGUGUGUGUAUAUAUUACUUGGAGAAUUAAACUUCAUGUGUCUGAUGAUUUGAGUCCAUAUAAUAAUCCUCAGAAAGUAGGCUACCGGUGGAUAUUAACCCGUGGAAAAAUACAGCUGAAGUGAAUUUGGGAGAUUCUCCUGUCGCCUUUUGUAAGGAUAAACACUGAAUCAGGAAUUUGGCGCUGGAUGGAUUUUUAUUUUCUUGUGCACUCUUCUGGUUUUCUAAUAUCAAGUGUCUCAGCGCCACAUCACGCGCUGUGAAACAUCCUCCACGUGCCAUUUCGUCUGGAUUUUACUGUGACACCUGUGACUUCGCAAGUGUGGGUUUUUUCCUUCAGUCUGAAAGCAGUGAGGUGUUUCUCCAGGACUGAUGGCGUCUUCUGCACCUUCUUCCUCGGCUGGUGAUGUGGACCCAAACACGGCUAAUUUACGACAACCUGCCACAACCGGCGACGCGUGGUACGGGGUUGCGCACGGAUGCACGAGGAAACUGGGCAUGAAGAUCUGUGGUUUCCUGCAGAAGAACAACAGUCUGGAUGAGAAGAGUCGUAUGGUGGGCGCGUUCAAGGAGAGCGCGAAGAACCAGAUGACGCGCGACAACAGCGAGCGCUACACACGCGACGAGACGGACUUCUCCAACCUGUUCGCUCGAGAUCUAUUGCCUGCUAAAAAUGGCGAGGAACCCACAAUCCAGUUUCUUCUCGAAGUGGUGGAGAUCCUCACCAAUUAUGUUCGCAAGACCUUCGACAGAUCCACCAAAGUGCUGGACUUCCAUCACCCUCACCAGCUCCUGGAGGGGAUGGAGGGCUUCAACCUGGAGCUGUCGGAUCAACCGGAGUCGCUGGAGCAGAUCCUGGUGGACUGCAGAGACACGCUCAAGUACGGAGUGAGAACAGGUCAUCCUAGAUUUUUCAACCAGCUUUCAUCUGGACUGGACAUCAUCGGUCUUGCUGGAGAAUGGCUCACCUCUACUGCCAACACCAACAUGUUCACAUAUGAGAUCGCGCCCGUGUUUGUUCUGAUGGAGCAGCUGACCCUGAAGAAGAUGAGAGAGAUGAUUGGCUGGCCGAACGGGGAUGGCGAUGGACUCUUCUCACCAGGUGGUGCCAUAUCAAACAUGUACAGUGUGAUGGUUGCACGGUAUAAGUAUUUCCCAGAAGUCAAAACCAAAGGCAUGUCAGCAGCACCGCGACUCGUGCUCUUCACAUCUGAACAUAGUCAUUACUCAAUCAAAAAGGCUGGAGCUGUCCUGGGAUUUGGCAAAGAAAACGUCAUUCUCCUGAAGACAGAUGAGAGGGGGCGCGUCAUACCUGCUGACUUAGAGGCCAAGAUCAUUGAUGCUAAACAGAAGGGUUAUGUGCCACUGUUUGUGAAUGCGACGGCCGGCACCACAGUAUAUGGAGCAUUCGAUCCCAUCAAUGACAUUGCCGACAUCUGCGAGAAGUACGACCUGUGGUUGCACGUGGAUGGCGCAUGGGGCGGAGGACUGUUGAUGUCCAGGAAACACCGUCACAAGCUAAACGGCGUCGAGAGGGCAAACUCUGUCACAUGGAACCCUCAUAAGAUGAUGGGUGUACCGUUGCAAUGUUCAGCCAUCCUGGUUAGAGACAAGGGCAUUCUGCAGGGCUGCAACUCCAUGUGUGCCGGAUAUCUCUUCCAACCAGACAAACAGUACGACGUCAACUACGACACCGGAGACAAGGCCAUCCAGUGUGGUAGACACGUAGACAUCUUCAAAUUCUGGCUCAUGUGGAAGGCCAAGGGCACAAUUGGGUUUGAGCAGCACAUCGACAGAUGCCUGGAGAUUUCUGAAUAUCUCUACAAUAAAAUCAAGAACCGUGAGGGAUAUGAAAUGGUCUUUGAGGGCCAGCCCCAGCACACAAAUGUUUGCUUCUGGUAUAUUCCACCAAGCUUGCGUGGCAUGCCACACGGAGACGAACGAAGGGAGAAGCUACACAGGGUGGCGCCGAAGAUCAAGGCAUUGAUGAUGGAGUGCGGCACGACCAUGGUAGGGUACCAACCACAGGGAGACAAAGUCAACUUCUUCCGAAUGGUGGUCUCCAAUCAUGCCGCCACAAUGUCAGACAUCGAUUUCCUGAUCGACGAGAUCGAGAGGCUGGGUCAGGACCUGUAAGAGUCUAAAGCAUCCACUCGACGGGACAGUCGUGAGGUCUACGCAUUUAAUGGCUAUGUUUCGACGUCGUGUUGUGGUCCGAUAUGUUCUGUCCUUCUUCUCAAUGUCAGUAGAUCUUUCACUUACAGAUCACACAGCCGGUAUAGUGCGGAGGCUUGUUUCCACCUCGGAAUAAAAAUCAAGUCUUUAUCUCACAAUUCAGAUUUUUUUGGGGGGUUAUUUUCUUAGUUUAUAUGUCAGAAUCCGGACUUCAUAACUCACAACAGUUAUAUUCUGAGAAAAAAAAGUCAGAAUUAGACAGAGUUAUUAUAAAAAUGUGGAAUUGUGAGAAAAACAGCAUAAUUUUUUAAUUAAAAAAGUUUUAUAAUUGUGAGUUUAUAUCACAAUUCUGAAUUUUUUUUCACUGAAUUUUGAUAUAUAAACUCAAAUAAAGAAAUCUGUUGAGAGUUUCUUGCAAUUUUGAGUUUAUAUCUCAGACUUUGAGG